GCCUCCCGCGACCCGCAGGUUCCCCACCCGGCGGCGCAGCCGGGCCGCUCCUCCUGGUCUCCGCCCCGCCGCGCCGGUCGCGGGCGCGGGGGACGUCAGCGCUGCCAGCGUGGAAACCACGGCUGGGCGCGGGAGGCGGAAGUAGCGCCCCGGACCGCCGGCUUUCCAUCGGGCUCCGCCGCCGCCUCAGCCAUGGACGCGUCCCAGGAGAAGAUAGCAGACCCCACACUAGCCGAGAUGGGGAAGAACUUGAAGGAGGCCAUGAAGAUGCUCGAGGACAGUCAGAGUAGAAGACCUGAGGAAGAAAAUGGGAAGAAGCUCACAUCAGGGGAUAUUCCAGGACCACUCCAAGGCAGUGGACAAGAUAUGGUGAGCAUCCUUCAGUUAGUCCAGAAUCUGAUGCACGGUGAUGAAGAGGAGGAGCCCCAGAGCGCCCGAAUCCAGAACAUUGGAGAACAAGGUCAUAUAGCUUUAUUGGGGCAUAGUCUGGGUGCUUAUAUUUCUACUCUCGACAAAGAGAAGCUGAGAAAACUUACAACUAGAAUACUUUCAGACACUACCUUAUGGCUAUGCAGAAUUUUCAGGUAUGAAAAUGGCUGUGCUUAUUUCCAUGAAGAAGAGAGAGAAGGACUUGUGAAGAUCUGUAGACUUGCCAUUCAUUCUCGUUAUGAAGACUUUGUAGUGGAUGGAUUCAAUGUGUUAUAUAACAAGAAGCCUGUUAUAUAUCUUAGUGCUGCUGCUAGACCUGGCCUGGGCCAGUACCUUUGUAAUCAGCUCGGCUUGCCCUUCCCCUGCUUAUGCCGUGUGCCCUGUAACACGAUGUUUGGAUCCCAGCAUCAGAUGGAUGUUGCCCUCCUGGAGAAACUAAUUAAAGAUGAUAUAGAACGAGGAAAACUGCCACUGUUGCUUGUUGCAAAUGCUGGAACUGCAGCUGUCGGACACACAGAUAAGAUUGGACGUUUGAAAGAACUCUGCGAGCAGUACGGCAUAUGGCUGCACGUGGAGGGUGUGAAUCUGGCAACUUUGGCUCUAGGUUACGUCUCCUCGUCAGUGCUGGCCUCAACCAAAUGCGAUAGCAUGACGCUCACUCCAGGCCCGUGGCUGGGCUUGCCAGCUGUUCCUGCUGUUACCCUUUAUAAGCACGACGACCCUGCCUUGACUUUAGUGGCCGGGCUUACAUCAAAUAAGCCAGCAGACAAACUCCGUGCUCUGCCGCUGUGGUUGGCUUUACAGUACUUGGGACUUGAUGGGAUCAUGGACCGAAUAAAGCAUGCCUGUCACCUGAGUCAACGGUUGCAAGAAAGUUUGAAGAAAGUGAACCACAUCAAAAUCUUGGUGGAAGAUGAGCUCAGUUCUCCAGUAGUGGUGUUCAAAUUUUCCCAAGAAUUACCAGGCUCAGUGCCAGAUGCAGGGCUUAAGGCCAUCCCAGUGCCCAACAUAGCGCCCUCAGCAGCGGGCCGGGAGAGACACUGCUGCGAUGCACUCAAUCGCUGGCUUGGGGAGCAGCUGAAGCAGCUGGUGCCCGCGAGCGGCCUCACCGUCAUGGACCUGGAGGCGGAGGGCGUGUGCCUGCGGUUCAGCCCCUUGAUGACGGCAGCGGUUUUAGGGACUCGGGGAGAGGAUGUGGACCAGCUGGCCGCCUACAUCCAGAGCAAGCUGCCCGUGCUGACGUGCACCCUGCAGCUGCGAGAGGAGUUCAAGCGGGACGUGAUGGCAACCGCCGGUCUCUUAUACGUCGACGACCCCAACUGGCCUGGCAUAGGGGUUGUGAGGUACGAACAUGCUAAUGAUGAUAAGAACAGUUUGAAAUUAGAUCCAGAAGGGGAAAAAAUUCAUGCUGGACUCCUGAAAAAGUUAAAUGAACUGGAAUCCGAUCUUACAUUUAAAAUGGGCCCUGAGUAUAAAAGUAUGAAGAGCUGUAUUUACAUUGGCAUGGCGAGUGACGACGUAGAUGUUUCUGAACUAGUGGAGACUAUUGCCGUCACAGCCCGAGAAAUUGAGGAAAACUCAAGGCUUCUGGAAAACAUGACUGAAGUCGUUCGGAAAGGGAUUCAGGAAGCUCAGGUUCAACUGCAGAAGGCAAACGAGGAGCGCCUCCUGGAAGAGGGGGUGUUGCGGCAGAUCCCUGUGGUAGGCUCCGUGUUGAAUUGGUUCUCUCCGGUACAAGCGUCACAAAAGGGAAGAACCUUUAACUUAACAGCAGGCUCUCUGGAGUCCACAGAACACACAUAUAUCUACAAAGUUCAAGGUGCAAGCGUGACGCCGCCACCGACCCCCACAGGCGCUCGCACUAAGCAGAGGCUUCCAGGUCAGAAGCCCUUUAAAAAGGCCCUACGAGGUUCCACUGAUGCUCUGAGUGAGACCAGCUCAGUCUGCCACGUUGAAGACCUGGAGAAGGAGCACCUGUCUGUGGGGCCGGAGCAAGAUGCCCCAGAAGCUAAUGGCCCUGAGCCACACCCAGGGGCUCCUACUGCCCAGGAAGCAGAGCAGACUGGGCCCCACCCCAAUGGGGCCCAGCGCCCAGAGGAUGCCCGCCCACAGGUAGAAGAAUUGGAGAGCUUAAGAUAAGGUUCAGUAUUGUUGGAGACUGUACUGACUGCUGUUUCAGGGAAGAUGCGGUUAUUCUGAGAAUGUGAACUGUGCCACACGCUAAUACGAGAAAUUAACUGUGCUUAACUGGGAUUUUUGCACAAAGACACACCUGAAAGCCAGGCUGUGCAGGAGAGCAACUGACUUUCUGACUUACGGGAUGUAGAACCACCAACUAUUGUGACUGUCUACCCAGCUAUAGUAACAUUAUUUCCCCACGUUUUACCAUAAACACUUAUUCACAAAGAAUUCGCUUAAGAUCAAGUGCUCACCACUUGAAACACCUGCUGUUAUCUUUUUAAACAUAAGCAUAAGAUGUUAUUAGUUUGCACAUGGUGACUUUUUGGCAAGUCAGCUUUCUAGAACACUCCGGGUUCUCUGCUAUGCUGCUACAGGGCGAAGCAGGCGGCACCCCUUGCUGUCUGUCCAAGCUGUUUAGUUUAAUCAGGUUGCAGUAGACAACUGGACUGUUAGACUUGAAGGAAAAUGGAUUUCGAGGGGACUGUGUAAGAGCGUCACCCGUCCUCUCCUACCCUCCCCACUGCUGUUUUCCCUGGAGACCCAAGGACUGUCCACGCAGUGGCAGGACUCUGAAGCCAGCUAGAUCAGGCCGCGCUUCGUCUACACUUCCCUCUGCCACAAUCCACCUCUCCUUUAUCUACAGUUUAUAAACAAAUUAAAGGACGCGUCUAUCACAGUGAAUGUAAAGACUCUUCUUGACCAUAUAUAUUUUUAAAUACUGGUAAAGCUUUUAAAUCAGCACACGAGUACAGGCUGUGCACAUUUCUAUAAUGUUUAAUACCAGAAACCCGGUAUCCGCGGCCUCAGCCUGAUGGAACCGCCCUGAGACACCCCAGUUCAGCCUGCCCGACAGAAGCGCGCCCUCCACUGGGCUUCCGCAGCUUCUGUUCCACUAACAGCUCACCCUUUUAGGCCCAACUCAGAAACAAGAACCAGAAAAGUCAUCUUUCACAGGUGAUCAAGCCAGACUAAUGCUGAAGUAACUGCAAGUGAGCCCUUGAUCACUACCCACUUCUACCUUCCCAGAAAGCACUGCGUUGCUUUUCACUCAUCAUCAGUGAUGGGCCCUGCGCCUUUCAGUCCCAGCAGUCAAGCUGUAGGAGACCUCAGGCUGGCGGGGAGUUGGACUGGGCUGUGGACAGUAGGAUCGGAAGCCGUAGUUUAGCCACGUACAACAUUCCGUGAUAAUCGCGUUCUCAUUUGAUGUGAUUUCUGACACUUGGCACUUACCAAAGUGCAGUUUCCUUUUCUUCAGGAGGUGCAGAUGGUUAAACAAAAGCUUCCCUGUUUAUUUGGUGCAAUGAAGUAUAUAGCAGAUAAAAUGGGGGACGGGGAAAUUAUCACCUUUAACAAGAUUAAUUUUUAAAUGUUUUUAUAUAUAUUUGGAAUUGUUAAAUUGGUUUUGCUGAAGCAGAACUUCUCCCUUGAGAUACUAUUUGAAUGUUGGUUUCAAUAAAGGUUCUUGAAAUUGUUAGCAGCGA